CUCCUCUGUUCAUCAUCUGUUCUUCUCUGCUGCAGCUUCAGUUCCAGAGGAUUCACUUCUUCUCUUCUUUCCUCUUUUUAUCAUUUUGAAUGAAGAGGAAACAGUGAGUGAUGAACUCUGUUGGUCACAAAGAGGAAACUCACAUGUUUUAAUAUCACGUCCAAGUGAAAAGAGGGGAACUGAACUAAACUUCAUUUAAAAGAGGAUCCGAGGAUCUUUCCUCUUCUUCUCUUCACAUCUCUUAUUCUUCUUAUAUUUUAAACUCAAAGCUGCCGGAUGAAGAUGCAUUUCCUUCACUCUGGGUUCUGACGCCUCCUCCUCCUCCUCCUCCUCCUCCUCCUCCUCGCUCUCCGUCCAGCAGCGGUGCGUCGCGGCCGUGCGUAAAAGCAGAAGCCUCCUCCUCCCCGACACGAGCCGUGUCCACACCGGCCAGUGGAACGGUUCCAGCUCCAUCUCGUGAUUUCUUGAAUUCUCUUGAAUAUAAAGAACAGUUCGUCCGGAGCGACCCGCCAUGGAUGUGUUUAAGAGCCGGAUGUUGGGCAUCUCCGUGGCCGUUGCGCACGGAGUUUUCUCCGGUUCCCUGAACAUCCUGCUGAAGUUCCUCAUCACCAACUAUCACUUCACUUACCUGACGCUCAUCCAGUUCCUGACCAGCAGCACCGCGGCCCUCACCCUGGAGACGCUGCGGCGGCUCGGGAAGGUCCAGAUCCCCGCGUUCAGCCUCCAGCUCUGCAAGGAGUUUGCCUCAGUGUGCGUCCUCUCCACGCUGCAGUCCACCCUCACCCUGUGGUCCCUGCGAGGCCUCAGCCUGCCCAUGUACGUCGUGUUCAAGCGCUGCCUGCCGCUCUUCACGCUCAGCAUCGGCGUGUGCGUGCUGAAGAACGGCGUGCCGUCCGUCGGGGUGGUGACCGCCGUGAUCAUCACCACCGCAGGAGCCGCACUCGCUGGUGCUGGCGAUCUCACCGGCGACCCGUUCGGAUACGUCACGGGUGUGUUGGCUGUGAUCGUCCACGCCUCCUACCUGGUCCUGAUCCAGAAAACCAGCCUGGACAGCGAGCACGGCCCGCUCACUGCGCAGUACGCCAUCGCCAUCAUGGCCACGCCGGUGCUGCUGGUGUGUUCCUUCAUCUCCAUGGACGUCAUCAGCAUGUGGUCGUACGAGGGCUGGAAGGACCCGCACAUCACCACCAUUUUCACCUUCUGCGUCUUCAUCGGCUGUGCCAUGAACUUCACCACGCUGCAUUGCACGUACAUCAACUCUGCCGUGACCACCAGUUUCGUUGGUGUGGUCAAGAGCAUCGCCACCAUCACCGUGGGCAUGCUGGCGUUCAGCGACGUUUCACCGACCCGGCUGUUCAUAGGGGGAGUUGCGGUGAACACCGUCGGCUCCAUCACCUACUGCGUGGUCAAAUACUUUGAGACGAGGAAGAAGAGCUUGUAUGAGGAUCUGGAAGUGGCGGGGAAGGAUGAGGCACUGCCUGGGGAGCCUUACCAAGAGAAGCCGCCACUGAACGGUGACGGGCCCGCCACUGGCAACGGACCUGAUGUAGAACAACCACAGUUAGAUGGAGUGUUGACCAGCGACAGGAAGGAGGAGUCGGCGCCGGCCGGUUUGGUUAACGGACAGGUGUGGACAGGAGACGGCGGUGGAGGAGACGGGGAUGCAGGCGUGAAUCCUCAUGUCAUGACAGAAAAGGAGGUGGUGGAGAUGCAGAGGGAGCACCUCCACAAGGAGAGCUCCGCCCCUGGUCAGUCGCUCAGUGACAGCUACGUCGGGGUGUGGAGGUCCAUCAGAAAUCUGCAGUUCAUGAAGAAAGAACCUUUGAUUGAUAACAUGGAGCAGCAGAGUCCGUAAGAGCCGGACAGAGACCUGGACUCACUCUGGAGAGGACAACUGGGGAAGACGUGGAGAAUUAAAAUAAAGAAAAAGAAACCAGAGGAGAAGAAAAGGAGGAGGGCAGAAUACAAACGACAAUAAACCCAACCUCUUUUAUCAGCAUUAAAUUAAAUUACCUCAGUGAAAGCCAAUGUUUUUGUGCUUAAAGUUCAGCGUCAUCACACGGAGCUUUGAGCGCAGAUACUGGCUCCCGGCUUCGUUGGGAGCAGCAAACAGACGUAGUUUAUGAUGAGAGCGAAAAGAGGUGGAGAAGUGGAUGAAGAGUUCCGGGAGAAGCUGCCUGUCAGAGAUAAAUUCUGCUUCCUGUCUCCUUCAGCUCGGUGGCGUGCGGCGGGGGAACGAGCUCGCCACCGUGUAGCAUGAUUUGGUUUGGUUCGCAUCCCGGCCGAUUAAGACGGCUAGCCAAACAAAACGAGUGCAUCUUGUGCAAAGUGAAAUAUCACAUCCAUUCAGGGAUUAGCAAACCAAACAGCGACGCCUGAACGUUCUGUUCGUUUGAUUCAAACCUGGAGAAUUCUUGUUUCUGAUUGGCUGUGAAUGAAAAUGUUCACGUGGUUCAGGUCGGGUUCAGUCGCUUGUUAAACCCUGUCCCACGAAGAACAGAAAACCUGGGCCGUGUUUGCAUGAGUGUGAUUGUUUGUGUCUGUCGGCCGCUGCAGGUCUGUCGGUUUACAGGUGUUUGACGUUCAGCCGUUCAGCGGAGCCACUUUCUCACACUCAGAAAUGAAACAACAAUAUAUAUCGGAUACGGGCGCCGCCAUUUUGUGCUUGUGACAUCAUCCAUAGUCAGGCUCAGCUGUCAAUCAUGACGUCUCAGCCUGUUUUUAUUAAAUAACUAAUUAAAACCAAACUGAUUAGAAACACUUGAACAGGAUAACAUGGAGGGGGCAGGGUAUAGGAUCUCUACUGCAGCCAGUCACCAGGGGGCAAUAGAGAUGCUGCAAAUCCCCUAAUCAGGGUGAAUCAAAGAUGGCGUCAAUGCGACAGAUUUGUGUUGUUUCUACUUCAGCACCAUAAAUCCACGUCGUGCUCGUGCUCCAGGAUUCUCCUCAUUUCUCUUAGUUCAUUCUUUUGGAAGCAGGUUUGUGUUUAAUGCUUCUGGAGAUAAAACGGAAUAAAACCUUAUGAAGGAGAAAGUCACAUGUCACCAGCUUUGGUUCCAUCUGGUAACAUCACGUAAAGAAGUCAUGAAUGAAGUCAUGUUAAUAUUAAUCUGACAAUGUCAAACGUUUUCUUCAGCGACGUGUGAUUCGUCGUCAGUGAAACAGGAAACUGUGGUGGGACGAAACUGAAGUUUCUGGAAAUCUGUUAUGAGAGAAACCGACUCAGGAAGUUUAGCACGAGGACGAGAAGCUGAAGAGUCGUGACUCUGUCAAAAGUUCAAAAACCAGGAACCCCCUCGAAAUGUGCCCGGUUAAAUCUGGCCUAAAGGGGGGUGCUCAUUCAGGCAAAUCAACAUCAGCGUCUGCAGGGGACGAGUGUGUGGGCGGGGGAGUCUGAAAGAAUUACGUUUUCACGUCCGGCUGCAGUCGAGUCUGCUCCACGUGUGGGCGUCGACACGUGGACACAUGUUCAAUGAUUACGUCUGUUCCGAUGAAUUCGACAUUAGAGUUCAGAUUAACGUUAGUUUGGGACGUUUCAUCUGAAGAUGAAAUAUGAUAUAAAACGUCAUGAUUGACAACUGAGACUGACUUCUGAUUGGUCACGUGUGUGUGUGUGGGCGGGACCUCAACACCACGGCUCCACGUGAAAAUGUCCUUUUAAAAAAGUGCAGAAUAUUAUUUUUAGCAGAAAUGAAACCUGCUGAGAAUUUAACGUAGAAAACAUCCAGAAAUAUCUGUGCACAUCUGCAGGGGCGGCUACAACAUCUGCACGAGAAGUCUGGACCAAUGAAAAUUAAAAGACAUAUUUAAAUAAGAAGAAUUCAAAGAAUAGAGUUAACGUGUGACCGGCGCUUCGUUGUGUCUGUGACGACAGAUUUCACUCAGUAACAUCUGUCUCUUAUCGGUCAUGUGAUGGACUCAACCAUCCGUCACUGCCGGGUCACGUGACACACGGUGGAAACGUGACGCUCAGGUGAACAUGAAGCCAGAAAGGAAAACUCCCUCGUUUGUUCUUUAAUGGUUUUACCCACAUUUAAAAAACACGUAUACCUGCUCAUUUGGGCGUAAAGAGGUAAACGUGUGUUGUGUACUUGCUGUGACUCUCUGGUGGAUCCGUGUUGUGUUGUCGUGUCCACAGCUUCCACACAGGAAACGUUCAUCUUCACCUCUCCUUCAAAUGGUCUCUGUCACAAAGCUGCAGGCGUCCUGUGGACUGAGAGAAGCUGAUAUGGACUGAAAUCGAUUUCUCUUCUCACAGUCCCCAAACUUCAUUUAACGCUACACGAGAUGCGACGUGGCCCCGAGCUGCAGCGAGCAGCGUGACGACUCUGCUGUAGAAACCAACACUUGAAAUGUCUCUGCUGGAGCGUGUUCCAGAUGUGUUUGUGGGCGAUAAUGAGUCAGUGGCCGUCGCCGUGUUCGACGUCGAUAUGAGAUGUUUGACGGAGGUGACGCUUCCAUGAGGGGAAAACACAAACUAUUACAACCUUUAACUUCUGAAUUCAGAUCCAGUUUUAUUUGUCACUGAGAUAAAACACGUUGGAGCGUAAACGAGAGAUCAGGUCACGUUUUAAACAUGAAGACGAACGAUCCGUGUAACAUACGAACAUGGAGAGCAGGUCACAGAGCUGUGCUGAGAAACAAGGGUUCCCAGGUUGGAUUUAUUUUGACGAUGAUGUGUAUUUUUUCUGUCUUAUUUUAUUUGCACGUGAACUUAUUGUCGCCUGUGUUGUGAGUCCGUGUUGUUCCUGAAAAUAAAAGAAAUCUGUCUGACGGCUGAAGGCAAAAAAACAUCUGCUCUUCAAUUUGCAUGUUCAAUGCAAAGUAAAUUGAAAAUGUUUUAUAAAGAAAUCUGUGCACUGGAAUAUCUAUUGUGCUUUGUGUGUGUGUGUGUGUUUUUAUAAAGGCGUUUCCAUGGUGAUGAUGAUGAUGUGUCCAUCAGUAGUGACAGA